CAAAUCUAGGAGGCUAUGCCAUGUGUAGGCACCAUCACAUUAAAAAAUCAUCAAGAUAACAACAUUCAAGAGAGGCUGCUGAGUUUCAAGGCGGAGCAAGAAGAAGAAGGUGGCAAUUUGAAGGGCAGAAUCUGUAGGGAAUCGAAGAAAAUAUGGAGGAUUGCAACUCCCGGUGUGAUCUCAAGAGUGAGUUCAUUUGGAACUAUAGUGGUGACGCAGUCUUUCGUUGGGCACAUAAGCGCGGUGGAUCUUGCUGGUUACGCGCUCGUUCAAACCCUCAGCGUCCGCUUUGUGAAUGGAAUACUGAUUGGGAUGUCGAGCGCAACAGAGACUCUGUGCGGACAGGCAUACGGGGCGAAGCAGUAUCACAUGAUGGGAAUCUAUCUCCAAAGAUCAUGGAUAAUUGAUCUCAUCACACUCCUCAUCCUGCUUCCUGUCUUCCUCUUCGGCACUCAAAUCUUCAACCUCCUCGGCCAGGAUGAAGCCAUCGCCAAAUCUGCUGGAUACAUCUCUCUCUGGUUCAUCCCAUUCGUCAUCAGCCUCAUCUUCAGCCUCACCGUGCAGAUGUACCUGCAGGCUCAGCAGAAGAACCUCAUCAUCGCCUGGCUCUCAGCUCUGCAGUUUGCCAUCCACCUUCUCUGUUCCUGGCUCUUUGUCUUUGUUCUUGACCUCGGACUUCCUGGUGCCAUGGCUGCCCUCUGCAUAUCUUCCUGGUUUCUGGUUGUGGGGGAGUUCGUCUACAUCUUUGGUGGGUGGUGCCCCGACACCUGGAAGGGCUUCUCCAUUGCUGCAGCUAAGGACUUGUGGCCGGUUGUCAAGCUCUCUGUCUCAUCUGGUGCCAUGAUAUGCCUUGAACUUUGGUACUACGCCAUUCUGGUGUUGCUGGCAGGCUACACAACAGAUGCUCAAGUCUCCAUCUCUGCCUUCUCCAUUUGCCUCAACAUCAAUGCUUGGAUUGUGAUGAUCAUCCUCGGCAUCAUGGGAGCUGCAUGCGUUCGUGUUGCAAAUGAGCUUGGCAGUGGAAAUGCGGAAGCGGUGAGAUUCUCAAUCAAGGUGAUAAUGGCCACCUCACUUACAAUGGGGAUUUUGUUCUGGAUCCUCUGCUUGGCUUUUGGAAAGAGCAUCGGAUACUUGUUCACCAGCGAGGCGGAAGUGGCGGAGACAAUCUCAGGCCUCUCAGUUCUGCUAGCAUUCACUGUGUUGCUUGGCAGCAUCUUCCCGGUGCUCUCGGGUGUGGCUGUGGGAUCAGGGCUACAAAGUAAGGUGGCUGUGAUCAACCUGAUCUGCUUCUAUGGGAUUGGGUUACCUGUUGGAAUUGUUCUAGGAUACUGGUUUAAUCUUGGUGUUCAGGGCAUAUGGGUUGGGCUGACUGGAGGAGUUUUGACUCAGACAUGUUCAUUGAGCACCUUGAUAUGGAGAACAAACUGGGAUGAAGAGGUAUCCAAAACAUCAGCACGUCUCAAGAAAUGGUAUUUGGAAUCAACAUCGGAUAAUGAUAAGCACAUUGCUUGCUAAGUUAUAAUACAGCAACUAUAUAUGUAUCUUUGUUUUAACUUAUUUCAAGCAUUUGAAUAAUGUAAUUUGUUAGUUGUUACACACCCCACUACCUUAUUUUUGUAUGUCGGUGGUCCAUACAAGGAUUGCGGUUUGGUACAAUUUAAAGAAAGGAAUGACAUUAAAUAUUUCCCAGUA